CAAAAUUUUGAAAAAGAGGGGUGGCGUGGUACUUUGCACGAGGUGGGAACAAAAUGGAGGAUUCGUCCUCCCCGAAACAGUCGGCUUUAGCCGCCACCUCGACUCCGGCAGAGCUGACCUCCCUAGAGCAGCUGGACAAAGAGCAGAUUAGAAAGGCAGUGGAAGCUUUGUUGACGCAUUCUAAAUCCAGGAAGAACAAAAAUGGAUUGCUUUUGAAUGAAAAUCAAAAUUUGUUUUUAAUGGUGAUAUUAUGGAAAAUUCCAGGAAAAGAACUGAGAGUCAGAUUGUCCUUGCCUUAUAAUAUUCGAUCAGAUUCUUCGGAAAUCUGCUUAUUUACCAAGGAUGAACUCGAGGCAACUGAACAGACAGAACGCUUCUAUAAAAAGCUUUUGAACAAGCAUGGAAUUAAAACAAUAUCUCGGAUUAUUCCUUUCCAAACUUUGAAAACAGAAUAUAAAGCCUAUGAAGCCAAGCUCCACCUCCUGAAUAGUUUUGAUCUCUUCCUUACUGAUGAAAGAAUUAGGCGGCUUUUGCCCUCACACAUAGGAAGACAUUUCUACCAAAGGAAGAAAGUUCCAGUACCUAUAAACCUUAAGGCCAAGAAUUUAUCAAAAGAGAUCAACAGCUGUCUAGCUGGGACUGUCUUAAACAUCUCCAAAAGUGGUUCUUGCAGUUCUAUACGCAUCGGUCACACUGGAAUGCGGGCUCAACACAUCACUGAAAACAUUGUUGCUGUGGCAAAGAGUCUUUCAGAAAAAUUGCCGGAGAAGUGGAAAAGUGUGAAACUCCUGUUCGUGAAAACUAUGAAGUCGGCUUCCCUUCCCAUCUUUUCAUCAUUUAUUUCUUAUCGGAAUGCAACCAACAAAAUCUCCAUCAGUGAACUGAAAGAAAAAGAAGCAAAGAGGAAAAAAAGAGAGGAAAAAUAUCGUGAAAGGCAGAAGCUGAAGAGGGAAAAACAAAAGUUAAAGUUAAAAGCUCAGAAGGCCGCGUCAGUCCUAAUUAAAGGUCGUCUGACAUUUAAAACCAAAGGUGCUUCUGUGAAGAGCCGUGGGUCCCAGAAGAAAAAAACCGGCAAAGUGAAAACCAAAGUUAAAGUGAAAAAUGAAUCUGAUGAUGAAAUUCCACAGCUGGUACCAAUAAACAAGACUUCAGUAAAAGAAAAAGUUGAGGUGCAAAAACCUGUCACAGGGAAGAAGUCUCCAAAAAAGAGUCCUGGUCCCAAUACACCUAAGGGCAAGAAGAGAAAGGCCCUGCUGGUUCCUGAGACCCCAGGUGCAGGUCCAGGGAAGAAGCCAAAAAUAGGACAGAAGAAGAAACAAAGAAAACACUCACCAGGGAAGAAAGAUCUGAGACAGACUCCAAAAAAGCCAGAGGCCAAGCUCUUUCCUACUGCUAAUAAUUCUACAAGGAACACUCCCCACACCCCUAAACAAUCACCAAAAAACCCCAGAGUGCCCCAGCCAACCUAAAAUCACUGACUCAACCAGAAGAAAACAGCAGUUACCUGAGGACUGUUGGAAAAUCCUUGGGUCCUGGAUUGGAGGUGUAGCUUGCAGUAGAGGACUUGCCCAGCAUGUACAAUGCUAUGGGCUCAGUCCUCUGCACCAUUAAGAAGAAAUGAGUAAAGGGCCGGGGAUUUAGCUCAGUGGUUUCGCCACCUGCCUUGCAAGCACAAGGGCCUGAGUUCAA